CGCUUACCCUAAGCCGGCCUUUAAUGCCACACAAUUGUUGAAUGCGGUUGUUGAACCGCAUUGAUGGCCCUGUUAGCCCACUUUGGGAAGGCUACUUGCUGUGUAAGCCUUGCCAGCUCCCCCGGGAGUUGAUAACUGUUCGGUUACCAGGAAGGAAGACCUGAGUCGUGACUGCCUGGUUGUCCGAGUUAUCAACUGGCCAGCGCCGCGCCAUGAUUGGAUGGAUGCUGUUCCUGCUGUGCACCUAGGUACCUAGGUACUUCCGGAUGUCUUGGCUACUGCGAUGAAGUCAGUCACGUUCACCCACCGAACGUACAGCACGCACUCAUCCCACCGCUUGGCGCACCGCAACAACCGGAAACACCACAAAUCACCGUCAGCACCGUACUUAACGGCCGUUCCAGCUGUCUUCGCCCACAAAUAACCGUCCGGACGCGGCGCCCGCCCGCAAAAUCCGAGAAAAACAUCUUCGUGGGACCCGCUCCGCCCACUGCUCACCCACGUCCCCGCUUUGCCUUGCCGAAACUCCGUUCUGCCUUCUGCGUCCUGCACUUGCAGCGUUGCGGCCCAGGAUCACCUUCGUCAUCCAACGCAGAACAUGACCGUCUCGGCUUCGACCCCCGUCCGGCUAUCCUUCGAUACUUGAGUCCCCCCGCGGAUCCCUCCCCCAGGCGUCCGGCCGGGCGCACUUCACGACCAUGGACUCUGCCGCUUGGCCGCCCAACGACCAGCUCCUCGAGUCCCCGGCUCACAUCCUCGAGCGCCUGCACCACAUCGCCGGAUACACCUGGGACGAGUCCCUCCCCCCUUUCCACUCGACCUACGACAACUGGCACGUUUUUGGGGCGCGCUUUGUUUCGCCCUACUCGACGCCUCCCCCCGGCGCGAACGUGCUUGCGGCGCCCUCACCGCAUCACUCCGGAAGCCCACCCGCUGUGUCCAGCCGACCCUCGUCCAGCCGACCCUCCUCAUCCGCGGACCACCGUUCGCAUGCGUCCUCGUCGGACAGCGAGUCCGUCACGGACCGCUCCGCCCCCUCGCUUCCGCCCUCGUCCUCCACUGCCGCCACAGAGUCGCCGGUCGUGGAGCAGCGCGUGGUCGCCAGGGUGUCGUACCACGUGCUUCGCGAGGAGAGGGCCUUUCAGAUCUCCAAGAGUUUGGUCUCGAGCGUCGACCCCAAGGGGGAGCGCAUCGUGAAGCCGCUGGAUGUCAUGCGCCUGCCGCAGAUGCCCGGUGACCGGGCUCCCAUCAUCGUCACUAUCUAUGAGGAUCCCGGCCCGAACUAUCUAUUUAAGGUCCUGGACUUUGGCCCCGCGUUCUACUUUGCGAGAAAACAGAACGACCGUUGGGAGCCGUGUCGGAGCGAGCCACCAACACUAGACCCUCCUCUCAGUCUGCAACACUUCUUGGACUUCGCCAUCGGCGCCGCGCAGUGCCUGGAGAUUGUCCACCAUGGACAGGGCAUAAUACACGGCGAACUACGAGGUGACGCCUUCCACUACAACAUCGAGACGAACCGCGUCAAAUUGGUCUCGUUCGGGUCCGGGCUCCGAUCCUUCGAGCACGGCCUGACAAGCACAGGGUGGUCGGCGCUGUCCAAGGCACUGGGUGCCAAGCACAAACUGCAGUACAUCAGUCCCGAGCAGACGGGGCGUAUGCCCUCCGAACCAGACACACGGACCGAUAUCUACUCGCUCGGCGUUCUGUUCUGGGCUCUCCUGACGCAACAGCCCGUCUUCCAGGGGGAAACCCCGCUCGACGUCGUCCAGGCCGUGCUGGGCCGGAGGAUACCAAACGUCUCGGCGAUACGCAUGGAUGUUCCCGAAGUCAUUGCACGGAUCAUUCAAAAAUGCACCGCAAAGAACGUCAGUGACAGAUACUAUUCGGCUGGGGGUCUCCGCUACGAUCUAGUUUCGGUCCAAAAGAUGCUCGGCGACGGAAAUUCUGCAGCAUUGCGAGACUGGCCAAUAGCUUCCAGGGACGUUUCCUCUUCCUUCAGACUACCGACGGCAAUGAUAGGCCGGGACCGCGAACGGGCCGAGCUCGUGAAAAUAAUCGAGAGGGCCGCCAAAGCCCAUUCUGUGACCCACAACGGGAACAUCAGCAGACACUCUGACGGAUCGAGCCUGGGCACGGAGGCCGGCGACGCCGGCGACGCCUCGAGCGAUUGUGCGAGCUCGACCGGCGGAUCGAACCGUCAGGGCGGGUCGGCCACACAGGCUGCCACCGACGCCAAACCGAGGGCCGAAUCGCACCAGUCACCCCAAGCAGUCGAUUCGACAACGGCCUCCAUCUCAACUAUCUCGUCAGCCGGCUCUGUCGGCUCUCUCUUGUCCGGUCCUUUCCGCCCUCCCCGUGCCUGGGAUAGGAGUUCAUAUCUCGACAGCGGCUCCGGUGUCGAUGGCCAAAAUUCUGAGCCCUCUCGCCAUGGUGCCACAAUGGCCGCUGACUCUUCAUCCACGUGUCUGCCCCGGCACCUCAGCUCGGCCAAGUUCAGGAGACAAGGCCAUUGCGAGAUUGUUUUGAUCGAGGGGGCGGGUGGGCUCGGCAAGAGCUGUCUUGUCCAGUCCGUCCUCGCCGAUGCGCGCAGGAGGGGCUACUGUGCGACGGCCAAGUUUGACCGUGCGAGGAAGACGCCGUUCGGGCCCUUGCUAAAACUGCUGUCUUCUCUCUUCCGCCAGGUGCAGGGCGAGAGGAACACGGACACGCCCUUCCACCAAGCUCUGAGGCAAUACGUCCGGCCGGUCUGGCCCAUGUUGCACAAGGUUCUCGGUCUCCCGGAGUUUCUCCUCCCGCCUGCCGACUCUCAGCUCACAUGGUCCUCGUCCGAUCCUCAGGCUGCUAGACCCAACCUGAGGCGACGCGGUUCUUCCCCGGGGUUGUCUACCCCGUCUGCCCUGCGAGCGUCCUCGGGCUCCUCCGUCCAGAGCUCGCGGGAUUUUCUCCGUGCUGGCACUUCCACCAAGACCAACCGGUUGCUGAACACAUUUGUUGAUGUGCUGAGAAUGUUCACCCAACAGAAGUUCAUUUGCUUCUGCCUGGAUGACUUGCAGUAUGCCGAUGACGAGUCGCUGGAGCUCAUCAGCCAGAUCGUCAGUACGAGGCUAAAUCUGAUGCUCAUUAUCACCUACCGCCCGGACGAAAUGGCGCCCGAGACGGUGCAGAAGAUACUGAACCCACCCAAGUCUGAAGAUUAUCCCAGGACCGGCGGCCUAACUACGACGAAGAUCACGCUCGAGCCACUAGGCGAAGAGGACAUCGUUGAGUAUGUCUCGGGGACCCUCUCAUUGCCCAAAGAGGAAGUGCUUCCCCUGGCUCUAGUCAUCCAAUCCAAGACGGCAGGAAAUCCGUUCUACAUGCGGGAGAUGCUCAGCGCGGGCCACCGAAAGAAGUGCAUCUGGUACGACUACAUCGCCGGUCACUGGAAGUACGACCUGGACAAGCUCUUUGAUCAGUUCCAGGGGGAGCAGGACUACGAUGUCCUCGACACGGCCUUCAUCACUCGCCGCCUGAGCGAGCUCCCGGCCGCUUCGCGGUCUAUUCUUGCCUGGGCUGCCUUGCUGGGUCAAACUUUCUCUUUCGAACUGAUCUGCAAGCUGAUGGACGGACAACGGUAUGCCGACGAUUGCCUGGGGAAUGCCGAUGAGCUGCCAGUCACGGCAUCGUCACAGGAAGAUGUCGUCGCGGGGCUUGAGGCUGCCAUCCAAGCCUUCAUCAUCGUGCCUUGCGAUCGAGACGACCGCUUCCGCUUCGCGCACGACCGCUAUAUCCAAGCCGCGUCGGCACUCAAGGAGUGCAACGCCCGAGCGAUGCACUUCGUCAUCGCGCAAGUCCUCCUCAAGCACUACUCACACGAUCCAACCCUGAGAGACAACGCUGCAUCUCACAUCUGCGAAUCCGUAGACAUCAUCAAGAAACGGGUAUCACAUCGGCAACCCUUCAGGAAGCUGCUCUUCGAGCACGCACAGGAGGCUACCGAGAGCGGCGCACGACCCACCGCGGCCAAGUACUACAGCAACGCUGUCGCCUUGCUGCAGUCGAAUCCUUGGGACGAGGGUGCCGAGGACGUGUCGUAUGACGAGACGCUUCAGCUCUAUCUACAAGCAGCCGAGUGCUACCUGUUCAUGGGCCAUCAGAGCGCCGCCAGUGUAUUACUCCAGACAAUAUUCAACCACGCUAGGACAGCGCUCGACAAAGCGCCUGCAUGGGUGCUCCAGUCUCGGAUCUACGCGCAAAGCGGCGACUCUGUGCAAGCGGUUGACUCGCUGAAGCAUUGUCUGAGGGCUCUCGAUGUCGAACUGGACGACUGCCCGACGAUGGAGAAGUGCGACGAGCAGUAUGGGCGGCUGGCGGAGAAGAUUCGAGCGUCGGAACGCCCGGCCGUGUUGAGCCCGUCUUGCUCAAAAGACCAGAUGCUGGCAUCUGUUGGUGCAGUGUUGGCCGAGACGACGAGCACGGCGUGGUGGACCGACUGCCUCGCCUACUACCAGCUGGCUCUCCGGAUGAUGGAGACGCACUUCAGCCGAGGGGCGUACCCCCAGUCAGGAUUGGCCUUCCUGUACAUGUCCAUCAUUGCCCUGUCCCGCUUCAACGACACCAAGUUUGCGGAGGAGUUGUCAGGCAUCUCUGUUGAAUUGAUGGACAAGUUCCACGAUCCGUUCUCCCUCGCCCGUGGUUACAUGGUCCACGCAAACCUCAUGGGGCACGUUCCCGAUCCUAUCGGCAUCUCGGCUAGCCGGCUGGAGGGGAUGGUCGACUACGCUGCGGCCGCUGGGGAUAGGAUAUCGACCAUUCUCAACUUCGGCCUCGCGGCGCUGCUGAGGUUCUUCGCGAGCGAGAACUGUGCUGAUCUGGAGGCUUUCUGCCAAUACGGAUGCGAAGAGAUCCCGAGCUGGCAUCUCGACACGCGAGGCGGCACGCUACUCAUCGCUGUCAGACAAGUCUGCCGCGCCCUGCAGGGCAAGACCCGAACGUCAAAGCCGCUCGAGGUCAUGAGCGAUGAGCACCACGACGCUGAAACCUAUAAGAAAUGGCUCGCGGCCCACACCAACAACGGUGGUCGGUCACUGCUGGUCUACGAAACGAUGGAGAUAGUGCCCUUGUUUCUCUACGGACAUUACGAGAGGGCGAUCGAGAUCGGCAAGGCCUGCCAAGAGCGCGCCAAUCUGCUGUGGUCGGCCCGCAAUACGAGACUUGCUAUGCUCUUCUACGGCCUGGCUUUGGCCGGCACCGUCAUUCGCCGGCAGCAGGACCCCCGGUCGCCAGGGGACGAGAUGCCAAAGAGCCGUAUCGAAGAGACGGCCCGGGAGAUCAACGAAGUCAACCGGAAGAUUAAGGAUUGGCAGGGUCUCGAUAAUCUCAACUACUUGGCCUGGUCGAAGCUGCUCGACGCUGCCGUCUGUGAAAUGGUCGGCGAUCACGGCGCGGCCAUCCGGCAGUUCGAGGAGGCGUUGGAUCAUGCCUCGGAGCACAAUUUCACUUUUGAGGAAGCGCUCGGGAAUUAUCUGAUGGCCAGCAUCUUCGUCAGGAACAAGGCGAGGCGCUCCGCCCGCUCCGCCCUCCGCGAUGCCGUCGCUCUGUAUCGCCAGUUUGGCGCUACAGGCAUUGCCGACCGCAUCGAGAGCGACCACAGCAUCCUGCUCCAACGGGCGAUGCGGAAUCCUAGGACCCUUGAUCAAGCGGUGCAGACGGACUUCGCCGGCGACGCUGCGUCUGUCCAGUAUCGCGUCGUGGAUGGCGAGGCAGGCGAGGACUCGCAGCAAGCCACCCAAGCUGCGGUCGCCGCCCUGAAGGGAGAACGCAUGACGGCCUGGCGAGGCUCGAUGCAGCCGGAGGCGGGGGCCGGCUUGCCUGCACUCGAUAUGAUCGAUUUGCACGCCAUCCUGGUCUCCUCGCAGGUCAUCUCCUCGGUGCUGAGGGUCGACGAGCUGCUCAAGACCAUGUGCGACGUGAUCCUCCAGACGUGCUCCGGGUCUGCCACGCUUGCCGCCAUCGUCGUGCAGGACGAAGGGAGUUCCGACUGGUGUGUCGCCGCGAGCGGCGAUCCCGAGAGGGGGGCAGAAGCACACAUCCCCGGCAUCCCGCUCAGUGUGACCGAUCUCGUCGCGGAGAACGUCGUGCUCUACUGCACCCGCGUCCGCGAGGUCGUCUUCCUCCGGGAUCUCCUCACAGACGAGAGGUUUGGGAACGUGAGCGAGCAGUGGCUGCGGAGGAAUCCCGGCAGCAAGGCUGUCAUCGCCAUUCCCAUCUGCCAUGGGUCGGACUCGCUGCUAGGCGUGCUCUACCUAGAAGGUGCGCCGGGGUCCUUCACGGACCGCAACGUGAGCGUCCUGCAGCUGCUCGUCAACCAGAUCGGCAUCAGCUAUUCCAACGCUCUCGCCAUGAAGGCAGUCGAGAAGGUCUCGGCCGAGAACAUCAGCAUGGUGGAGCUCCAGAAGCGCGCUUUGGCGAAGGCGAUCGAGGCCGAGACCAAGGCCAAGAACGCCGAGGCCGAGGCGAUCCGGAACGUCAAGCUGGCCGAGGAGGCGACGAAGGCCAAGUCCAUCUUCCUGGCCAAUGUCUCACACGAGCUGCGCACGCCGCUGAACGGCGUGAUUGGCAACUCCGAGCUGCUGAGGGACAGCAACCUCAACAAGGAGCAGCUCGAGAUGGCAGAGUCGAUCCGAGUCUCGGCAGACCUGCUCUUGACGGUCAUCAACGACAUCCUGGAUUUCUCGAGGAUGGAAGCGGACAAGAUGAAGCUCUACAUCAUCGCCUUCAACCCGGAGGAGAUGGUGCGAGAGGUCGUCCGGGCCGUGUCCUAUAGCAACAGGGAGAAGACGUCCAAGAAGAACGUCAAGAUCAGCCAGGACAUCAACCUGCCGCCCAUGCUCAUCUACGGAGACCCGAUUCGCCUGCACCAGGUCCUCGGCAAUCUUAUCAGCAACAGCCUCAAGUUUACCGAGGACGGUUCCAUCACAAUCGGCGCCCGGGUCGAGUCGGAGACCGAAGACAACGCGACGCUGACGUUCUGGGUCAAAGACACGGGCAUCGGCAUCUCGCCACAGCAGCUCGAGAACCUCUUCCAGCCGUUCAGCCAAGCGGACGCGAGCACGGCACGGAAGUACGGCGGCAGCGGCCUCGGGUUGAGCAUUUGCAAGUCCCUGAUCGAGACGAUGAUGAAGGGAAAAAUCCACCUCGAAAGCCAAGAGAACGUCGGCACCACAGCGUGGUUCACCGUCACCUUCGACAAGGCCAGGCCCGAGGUAGCCGCCGGCGACGAGCAGACGACCCCGCGCGGCACUCUCCCGGAACCCGUCAGGCCGUAUCCGACCAGGCAACCGUCAACCGUGGCGACCGGCAAGGAGCCCUCCGCACCGGCCUUACUCCCCGCGCCCGUCUCCAUCGCCCCAGAGCUCUCCCGCAUUCCCAAAGACCAGCUCCGCAUCUGCAUCGCCGAAGACAACGCCAUCAACGCCCGCAUCGCGCUGCAGUAUCUGCAGCGGCUGGGGUACCCGCACGUCGACACGUACGACAACGGCCUCAAGGCGGUCGAGGGCCUGCGCGAGAAGGCGCGGCAGGGCGCGCCGUACCACAUCAUCCUGAUGGACGUGCAGAUGCCGGUGCUCGACGGCUACGAGGCGACCAAGCUGCUGCGCCACGACGAGCUCGAGUCGGUCCGCAAGGUCCUCGUCAUCGCCAUGACCGCCUCGGCCAUCCAGGGCGACAGGGAGAAGUGCCUCGCCGCCGGCAUGGACGAUUACCUGGCCAAGCCGGUGCGGUCCGAGGUGCUCAAGAAGAAGCUGGAUGCGUACACCUCGGGCGGGGCCGCCGGGCCUGGCCCUGGCGCGGCGCUGCCGGCGAGAACCGCGGGGCAGGUGCAGAAUGCGCAGAAUGGAUUGAUCAGGGCGCCGGCGAAUGGGCAGGCGCAGGGUGUGUCGUCCCGAUGAGAUGGAUGGGACGGUACAAGAUGAUGAUUUGUAUGGAAGAACGAAGAAUGAGCUGGGGCACGGUUGGGACGGAUUUUCGGGGCUGUUGAUGGAUGCCGUUACCAUGUAUGUCUGUAUGUCUGGCUCACUGGCUCACUGGCGGGUGGUAUACAUCAUGGAUACACGGAUUGCAUGGAU